AUAUUUUAUUAUUAUAUAAGAAACUGUAACUUUAUUUUCUAAUAAUAUGACUUCAGAAUCUGUUCCUGUUUCUACUGAAAAUAAUGAAUUAUCAUAUGUACCUCCAGGUGGAUCACUUUAUCCCCCUUCAGAAACUAUUUAUAUCCGCAACUUGUCAGAAAAAGUAAAGAUUGAUGUUUUGAAAAAAUCUUUAGAGGCCGUUUUUUCAUCAUAUGGUACUAUUCUAGAUAUAGUUGCACAUAAAAAUAUAAGAAUGAGAGGACAAGCAUUUGUUGUAUUUGAUUCUAUUAGUUCAUCUCAGAGGGCUAUUGAUGAUGUUCAAGCAUUUCGACUUUUUGAUAAACCUAUGGUUUUACAGUUUAGCAAGACAAAAAGUGAUGCUAUAGUUAGAAAGUUUGGAACUGAGGAAGAAUUUGAAGAACAUAAAAGAAGAAGAAUAGAAAAGAAAGAAAGUCGCAGAGUAAUUCAAGUAAAGGCUCCUCAGCCUACUACUACUACUACUACAAAGAAAAAUACUACGAAAAAAUCCAAUCAAAAACCAUCUAGAAUACCUGAUGAAUAUUUACCUCCACAUAAAAUUCUUUUUCUUCAAAAAUUACCUGAAAAUAUUACAGCAGAUGUUUUAUCUGCUGUAUUUGGUCGUUUUCCUGGCUUUAAAGAAGUUCGUAUGGUUCCUGGAAGGGCUGGAAUUGCAUUUGUUGAAUAUGAAAGGGAUGAAGAUGCAAUUAUUGCUAAGCAAGGAACGGUCGGUAUGUCUCUAAGUGAAUGUGUCAUUUCUGUUAAUUAUGGACGUAAAUAAUUUUCUAUUAUUCUUAUUUUCUAUUACAAAAUCUAUCUAAAAGGAC